CGCCGUCUUCCGGCUCGGUGGUUUCCCUACGGGUCCUCUUGCACGAGCUCGCCUGCAUUGGGACCCGCUCUCAGACCGGCAUGUCGCUCCUCGCGCUCGCGUAUCUCGCCCCGGUGUCCUUCCAGACGGUGGCGUGCGCGCUCCCGGAAGGCCAGUCUUGCACAGCCAUUUACGCUGACAUCCAUGACGGCGACAAGAAGAAGGUGACGAUCGGGAGCGGCCACCUCACCAUCGAGCCUUACGACAACCAGGAGAAGUGGAUCGUCAAGGCGGCCCUCGACACAACGCACUGCAAUGCCUCCAUCGACUUCCGCGUGGCCGGCAAGCCGAACCCGCCUCCUUCCGCGCUCACCGCCACCUAUGUCGUCGGCACCACGGCGGGACCGGGACCGCUCGGACCGCUGCCGCCGGGCGGCGCAGCGCGCAACAGUUUUGGGGAGGUUGUCUUCACCGACCCGACGGGAGCGCUCGGCGGCGGGCUGCCGCUCAAUGUCUGGGUGCUGGUGAACGCCACGCUUGCGGGCGCCGGCAGCGUCGCGCCGCGAAUGAAGCGAAUGUGCGGAGCGAUGUAGAGGUUCUCGCGCCGGCUCGUCCUCAGGCUGCGGAGGCGGGACCCUUUUUACGUGGUAUGUCUG